AUGGAGCUUGACGCAGAAGUUAACCGUAUCGACCUUGAUAUUCUAAUGGCUAAGAACCCUACGCAAUUCGGCUAUCAUCACGGUCCGAUCUUUCCAGGCGAGAAUCUCGCCAUUUCGAGCAUGAACACGCAAGUCUGCGAUGUCGUCGUCGAUGCUCACGGCACAAUGUGCGGAAAGACUUUCGGAGACAAUACCAGACUGUAUCGACAUAUCCGCGAGCAACACUUCGAAUUUGGUAUUACCACUCCAGGUAAAGUCAGAGCCAGACCGGAUGAAAAGAGAGUCGGUAGGAAUACCAUUCAGCGAUGGGUUUUGGGAGGCGGCUGGCGACAAGCGCGCUACUUCAACGAACCCCGAACACUGCAUCCAGACUCGCUCAUCAUGCAAUACGCCAACUCUUUUGAGUUGCUAGCCGUUCUGUGGACUUCAGAGACUUGUUUGGGUCCGAAUUCCAUCGCCCAGAAAUGGCGUGGUCGCGUGCGCGUCAGCCACCACUGUUCACCGCCCAGCUGUGAUGCCAGCGAGCAAGAGAGCUCGUCCGACGCCCAGGUCUAA